AUUUCAGACAAUUGGCCUGGAUACAGCCUGGAUUUGUUCACUUAUCCUCAGCAUUACUAUGGAGAUCUGGAAUAUGUGCUCAUACCUCAUGGCAUUAUUGUUGACAGGACAGAACGAUUGGCCAAAGAUAUUGUGCAAGACAUUGGAGACAAUGAUAUUGUAGUUCUCUGUGUCCUCAAAGGUGGCUACAAGUUCUGUGCUGACCUCGUGGAGCACAUAAAAAAUCUCAUCAGGAAUUCAGAAAGGUUCAUCUCUAUGAAAGUCGAUUUUGUUAGACUGAAAAGUUACCACAAUGACCAGUCUAUGCAAGAUAUGCAGAUAAUGGGAGGAGAUGAUCUUUCAAAGCUGACUGGCAAGAAUAUUCUAAUUGUGGAGGAUAUUGUUGGAACUGGAAGGACUAUGAAGGUUCUGCUUAAUAAUAUAGAAAAAUACAAGCCAAAAAUGAUUAAAGUGGCAAGUUUGUUGGUGAAAAGAACAUCUCGGCCUGAUGGGUACCGACCAGAUUAUUAUGGAUUUGAAAUUCCAGAUUUAUUUGUGGUAGGUUAUGCCUUAGACUACAAUGAGCACUUCAGAGAUCUAAACCACAUAUGUGUUAUCAACGACCAUGGCAAAGCAAAAUACAGAGUGUGAAGCAGUAACAUGCUCAACUGAAGAUCUGUAAGCUCAAUGAAGCAGAAAUUUGACUACACUCCCUCGAGCAUUGCCCAGAAGAGCAGUUCAACUGACCCGUGCUUCUUUCAACUCCGUAUAAUAAGGGGUUUUACUCCAGAGACACUGAUUAAUAUUUACAGAAGUGAGAGCUCUUACCUAAGAUGUGAAGUAGAAGGCUUUAAAAGUUAGUUUCUUACGUAUUAAAAUUACCACAUAAGAUGCCUUUUGACUAAUGACCUGUC